AAUGGGGACAUCAUUAAAUCAAAAAUGACUCCUCAGUUAGGGGUACAACAUUUAUUUCUCUUUGAUAUUUAAGCACUCAUAUUGUAUAUGUGUUGUAGGUUGUUGAAGGUCUUUUUUUUGGUCCACCUCGGCCACCGGGAGCACUGUUACCCGCACGCUGGAGUGCACCGUGGCGUCCCUGGAUACCACCGACGCGCUCCUCCACUGAUCAGCAGCGACUGGCUCUGUGGCGACUGCGGAACGAAUUGGGACUUCAGCCGGUCUGCUCCCACUACAUCGCCGCAUGACGACGACGAUGAUGGUGGUGUUGAUGAAACGGAAUGGAGUCGAGCAGGGAGGAUUAAUUCUGCACCAUGAAUGACAGGUACCACAAGGCGGCCCGGGAUGGCUACCUGGACCUGCUGAAGGAGGCGACUCGGAAGGAUCUCAACGCGCAGGAUGAGGAUGGCAUGACACCGACGCUGUGGGCUGCUUAUCACGGCAACCUGGAGACUCUGCGGCUGAUCGCAGCGAGGGGAGGAAACCCUGACAAGUGUGACAUAUGGGGGAACACACCGCUCCACCUGGCAGCUGCCAAUGGUCACCUCAACUGCCUUUUCUUCCUGGUGUCUUUCGGUGCCAACAUUUGGUGCCUGGACAACGACUACCACACGCCAUUGGACAUGGCCGCCACAAAGAAUCACAUGGAUUGCGUCCGCUACCUGGAUACCAUCGCCACCAAGCAGACGGGCCUCAACACGAAGCUGGUCAGCAAGAUGAAGGACCGGGCGGUUCGCGAUGCUGAGCGGCGGAUCAAGGAGUGUGUGAAGAUGCAGAAGAAACACCACAAACUCAUGGAGCGGAGAUUUCAUAAAGAGACUUCUGAGGCUUCUGUGUCAGACGUCAUGAGCUUUUCCAGUUACACCAGCAGCUCUGUUAGCCACAAGCUGCACAACUUAAAUGUAGCCACAGUCAGUGUGCCAUAUUCUCAGGCUACUCUUCAUGCCACAAACCGAGGGAAGACAAAGAUUCAGAGGAAGCUGGAGAAGAGGAAGCAAGGAGAUGGGACAUUUAAAAUCUACGAGGAUGGGAGGAAGAGUGUGCGCUCCCUCUCCGGACUUCAGCUGGGCAGCGAUGUCAUGUUUGUCAAACAGGGGACUUACGUCAGCCCAAAGGACCGUGGCCGUCGCAAUAUCCGUGACAUGUUCCCCAGAGAAAAUUACGAUGCCAUUUCACGUGCCAUUAGUGAGCCGGACCUCCACGGGCCUGAUGUAGACUACUCUGAGAUCAGCACUGACUCGGGACAUGAUUCCCUGUUCAAUAGGCCCGGUCUGGGCGCCAUGGUCUUUAGGAGAAACUAUGUGAGUGGGGGGAUGUUUGACAUCGGUGGCCGGGAUGAGGACAGUGCAGACCGGUCAGGCAAUAAUGUGCGUUUACGCAGUCGGCUGCACCAAUACCCGAAUGCAGAUGAAGACAGCAUCGGCAGUGCACGCAGCCUUCAAGAGAGGAAUGUGGAGGAGCUGCCCUGGGAAGAAGUGGAAUUAGGGCUGGACGAUGAUGAUGAGGCUCACACAAGCGCUCUGGAGGUCUUCCUCGCCACACAGAACAUGAUUGACUUCUUCUCCAUUUUCAAGAGGGAGAAGAUUGACCUUGAAGCACUGUUGCUAUGCUCUGAUCACGACCUUAAGAGUAUCCACAUCCCCUUAGGACCAAGGAAAAAGAUCUUGGAUGCCUGCAAGCGACGGCUGGAGACCAUAGAGGACCCAGACUGCAUUGAGGACACAGAACUAUAAUAAAAGUUGCUGUAGAUGGCCCCUCCUGCCAUGUGCUCAUCCAGGCUUAAAGGUCAGUGGAGCAUUGUGGAUUGAAUGUCACGUAUGGACAGGGGGGGGGGGGGGGGCCCAAUGAUUUACCUCUCCUGGUACCUCAGCGGUAACAAAGCAGAAAGGACACUGUCAAGAGGAAUAUGUCAAGCAAGAAGAGACGAGUGUGAGACUAAUUCCUUACAGGAUCCUUUUACAGCAUCUUGUUAGCCUCAGGAGGAUCACUGUAAAUAUCUCUGUAUGUGGGUUGGUUGAAGUCCCCUGCACUGCAAGUUUAAAAAAAACUGAAAGGCAAUCAUCAGAGUGCAGUGUCCACUGUAUGCCAUUUGGUAUAGUUAACAGAGAACUGAUUGUGGGGGUCCAUAUCCCCUGAAUGUGUUGGCCCCUGUGGGGUAAAUCCUACCACCUCAUGUGCCUGCAUUGCUAGUGCCUGUGCCUUUGCUUAAAAGUGUCUUUUGUCUUAAAUACUUUUUGACAUUAACUUUAUUGUAACUUUAUUAUGAACAGUUUCAAUUGCAAUAGUCUGAGCAACAUUUUCACCCAGAGCCACUCGACUGUUUCCUUAUUCCACCUCUGUAAAUGUUUACAUACAGCAAGCCAUGUCAGUCCAUGUGUGGCUCGCUGUCAAAUGCAGGCCAAUUGUUCAUUGAGAUUACGGUUCUGAUUUACUGUAGAAGGUGAAAGCACAAUAUCUUAUAAUACACAAUAUAGCAUGUUGCAGUUCUAUAUUUUGCAUGUUCAGUCCAUACGGAUUUAUUAACCUUUGUAUAUCACUCGUGUUAGUCUUGACAAUAUGACAGUCUUCCAACUCUUUGUAUCUUAAGUAUUUUUUUAAAUAACAUCUGCACAGGAGCAUAUGUUGGUGUUUAUAAUCUACAUUUUUUUAACAUUUAGGUGGAUUUAAAAUAAUAAAUACUAAUGUUUUAAUGCUGUGAAUUACUUAACUGAUAUAGAUCCAUAUGUUUUGCUCUCGUCACUGCACUCUACUUACUAUAUUUCACCUGCAGAGUAGCUCAAAUUGGAGACACAGAGUAAACUGUAAGAUGUGCCUUUAUAAAGCAGGGCCAUGGUUACCACUAAGGUCAUGUCUUCAUUCACAUUUUGGGGGAUACUGGGAAUAGUAUUUCUAAAUCCCUACUAUAAGGUAUAGUAUACUCACUCAGUAGUGAACCAAACAUGUAAAUGAAUUGAGUUCCUAUUAAUGUAGAGUGUAACUAAUAUUCACUGUUUGUAUGUAGUCAUAGUUUUUACAGGUCAGUGUUAAUCCUGUCUCAGUUGCUACCUGUUUACAAAGACAUCAUUUUACACCUCUGCCAAGACUUUGGUAUGUGGGAUUUAGGUGCGAGAGAGAGAGAGACAGACCCAGAGACCGGAAUAUACUUGUUUUGGCAUCUUCAGUCAUUGUGACAAUCCUCUCAUGCUGCAUGCACACCAAAGCCAAGCAUCAUUGUUGUCUCUGUACACAAAGUCAGGAAGUUCUACUGUAGAUAAGUGUCAUUGUCUGGAAACGCCAUGCCUCUUACAUGACAUUGUUAUCAGAAGGAAACAGUGUGACACUCCCACAUGGGUCCUGUAGCAUCCCUAACCAUACGCUACUUUACAAAGACUUUACUUGUGUUUUUAUUAAACUAUUUAUCUUAUUGGUGA